AUGACCGUUUACGUGAAUUUACCACCAAGUGGCGGAACCUGCAUGGUCGUCGGCAGCACUAGUGGUGUCGUAGGUGACUCUUUCAUAGUUGACUGUGCAAACUGGGUUGACGACGACCGGAUCGCAAGUUACCAGUUUUUCAGCAUGUUCGCCAAUGACACAGUUCACAAGCAGAUAUCAUUCGGCAUGGAUAGCAAUCCAGUCCUAUAUCCACCUCUUGGACCAAUUAAUAAUGGUUAUUUUCAAGAACUGAGAGUGAAAAUAUUUGACGAAAACAGUGCCUACACUGAAGUGGUCGUAGGAGAAAUUCGGGUUACGCCGCCUGGCGAUCGCGAAGCCGAUGACAUCAUGGAACACCUUAUGAAUAAGACAUUCGGAAUGUUGCAGCAAUACGCCGAUCUUGCUGCAAGAGGAAAUACCAGACUAAUUAAUUCACAAGUAUUACUUGAUGCUUCGCAAUUGAAUGGAAUCAGCAUUGUUGCAAAGGAUGACUAUGAAUCCACUUAUGGAGAAUACGGAACUACCACUGCCAGCUCAACUGCCCAGAUACGAAGUGCACUGCUAGAGACCACGUCACAAAGUAGUUUGGACUCUAUGCAAGAUUUACAGUUAGUAUCUAGCACCACUACUUUCAUCACUGACAGAACCGACGAACUAUCCCAUAAUGCACUUCGGACAGCUACUAACAUUGUGGUCAAAAUGGCUAACGUAUUUGAUGAACUGUCCUCUGAUUCCGAUCACGAAUCAAUGGAAAUCGCAGCAGGAGGUAUUAUUGGUACUAUAGGCAAUAUCUUCCAGGGUGUGUAUAACAGUAUGCAUUCUCCGUUAUAUGUCAUGGAUUCGUUUGAGGAAGGUGUAAUGAUUGGAACAGAAUCAUUUCAGAGUACUUUGCAAGAUGUUGACUCCUAUACCCAAGGAAGUACAACAGAAGACUCAGUGAAACAGAAUAAGGCAAGGGAUACGGUGAUUGAAGUAGAACACACCAUGACGCUAAUGACUACUUCACUUCUGCGCAACAAACUACCGGGAGAGACGGCAACAACGAUAGAGACUCCGACGAUGAGUCUUCAGCUUCAACGAAAUGUUCCUAAUGAUCUUGCCAAUAAAACAUUCAGCAUUGGUAAGGGUGCUUUCAAAGUUCCACCGUGGUGUGCCAUUAACAACAGCCCAGGUCAGGAUUGCAACAGUGACCAGACGGUGGAUUUAGAACUGUAUACGAUGCCAAAUAACCCGUAUGUCUUUGGUGGAGAUAAUAGCGACAGAGUGUCUGAACACAGUGGUGUAAUGGUGCUCAAUUAUCGAAACAUUAGUGGCGACGAAAUCCCCUUGCUUAACACUGCCGAGCACAUUGAGAUCACCGUUCCUAGACCGACGACUACAUUGACUGAGCCGCAAUAUCACUUCCCAGAACCAGAAGAAGGAUCGUCAAUGGUAUUUCAUCAAUUCAACGUCUCUGAUAUCGAUUCGGAAGUGUCGAUAUCAAUCAGUAUCGUGCCGGAUGACUUGACAACACGAUAUGCGGUGUAUCUUCGAUACAAUGAAAGACCCACAGCUGAACUAUACGAUCGUAAAUUUUUCAUACCUACCGAUCUGCGUUCUAACGGUGUUCGUACAGAGUUUGAUGAAAAUGUUUAUCAAUAUUUUAUCGAUAAUGAAUAUGUUGGUUCCAACGUUGGGCAGUAUUAUCUUGGAUUGAGUGAAUUGGACCCUGAAAGCAGAUCAUAUACAGCAUUCAUAUCAGGUGGAAACGUCGGUAUUCCAUUCACAGGUUUCUCUGGAAACUAUUCAUUAUUGGUCUCUUUUUCUGGAUGUCUUUACUUGACUGAUGAACAUUUGUGGUCUUCUCUUGGAUGUCGGGUUGAUUCUACAACUAAUUUGAAAGAAACCGUCUGCUUGUGUAAUCAUUUAACCAGUUUCAGCAGUGCGUGGGUAAUUCCACCCAACGAUAUUGACUUUGAUUAUGUUUUUGCCAACAUGGACUUCUAUAAAAAUCCUACAAUAUACGUGGUAAUUAUAUGCGUAUUCAUACUUUAUUUCAUUGGCCUUAUAUGGGCAAGACGAAAGGACAGGUCAGACCUAUUACUGAUUGGCGUGGCGCCAUUACUAGACAAUGAACCUAACGACAAGUAUCUAUAUGAGGUGGUGGUGUUCACUGGACGCAGGAAAGGUGGUGGAACAGACUCAAAGGUGGGAUUCAUACUAUCAGGUGACAACGAUGAGACUGAUGUACGGAUGUUGAGCGAUGAACAGCGUAAAAUCCUGAGACGCGGAGCUGUAGAUUCAUUUUUGAUGGCAGUGCCAGGACCUCUUGGUACAUUAAACUACAUGCGUAUAUGGCACGAUAAUUCCGGUAAAGGGGAAAUGCAGAGUUGGUAUCUCAAUUAUAUUGCUAUACGUGACGUUCAAACCGGGGAAAGGUUCUAUUUUAUUGCUAAUCAGUGGUUCUCUGUCGUUGAAGAUGACGGCCAGAUUGAUAGAACCAUAGCUGUUGCAGGCAAAGAGCAGAUGCAAAGCUUUGAUCACGUGUUCUCGAGCACAACAAGAAAGAACCUCGACGACGGUCAUAUAUGGUUCUCUAUCUUUGCCCGUCCACCACGAAGUCGAUUUACAAGAUGCCAACGGAUAUCGUGUUGUGCGAUGGCGCUGUGGCUCGAGAUGCUGGUGAAUAUUAUGUGGUAUGGCAUUGUGCCACAGACGGGAGAGUCACUAGAUAUUGGACCAUUUAGUUUGUCACCAGCACAAAUCAGUAUAGGCGUGCAGGCCAAUCUAAUAGUAUUUCCAAUCAGCUUAUUGGUCAUUCAAAUAUUUCGGAAAGCAAGGCCCAAGACAAAACGCAAAUCAAGGAUUGAGAUAGCUAAGGAUCAAUUAGCACAGAAACGGAAUGAUAUUGAUCGUAGUAGCAUGGUUUCUCCAUCUCAUAUUGAAGUGAAACCAAACAAUGAUAAAAUGUGCUUAUUGGAUGACGCCGAGAAGAUCGACACCGAUAGAUUCAUGAGUAUAGACGCAAUGGUGCAAUCUGAGGAUAAUAGAAAGAGGCAAAAUAACGAGAAAAAGAAGAAAAAGAAGAAGAAACCUUUCAGUUUUCCGCAUUGGUGUAUCUACCUUGCCUGGUUUUUGAUUUUCUUAUCAAUAGCUGUGGCUGUUACUUUUGUGUUAUUCUACGCCGUGCAAAUGGGAGACCGAGAAACUAGGCAGUGGUUCACUUCACUCUGUAUAUCCUUCUUAACUGCCAUCUUUUUAACUCAGCCAAUCAAGGUUAUCUUAAUCGGUAUCUUUGUUGCACUGAUACUUAAAACUCCUAAUGCAGAUGAAGAGGAUGAUGCUGGAGACGAUGAAGAGGAAUACGAAUUAGCAGAUGAUGAAGAAUGGCUACACAACAAACCGUCGAACUAUAAACGCGAACGAAAGUUGGCAUACAAGCCACCCGAUCCCGCCAUACUUGAGGCGGCCAGGGAAAAUAGAAUUAAAGAGAUAAAAAUGUACUCAAUAAUCCGAGAAAUCAUAUUUUAUGUGUUGUUCUUAUGGAUUCUCUUGGUAAUCAGCUACGGCAACAGGGACAGCAAAGCCUUUCCGUAUAUGAACAACCUGAUAACAAUGUUCGUUAAGGAAGAUAUUAAAGGCAACUUUCUCCAUGUGUCAACUAAACACAAGUUCUGGUCAUAUGCUCACGAUGUUCUUGUUCCUGGGUUAUUUGCUGAUGAAUGGUACAAUGGCGACCCUGCUUUAGACCAAGAACACUUUUUAUCAGAUCGAGUGUCUCAUAUUUUGGGAUAUCCUGUCAUCAGGCAACUAAGGAUCAAACCAGGCCGAUGUAAUGUUCCUGCCGAAGUUGCCCAAACAGUUUCAGAAUGCAAUGAGGAAUAUGGUUUUACAGAUGAAGAGAAAAGGAACUUUCGUGUCAGCUGGGCUGAACCAGAUCCGAAUACUACCGUGCCAGAAUAUAUAUAUACCAGUGCCAGUGAACUUGAUGGGUAUCCAUAUCUUGGGCGGCAUGCCUUUUACUGGGGAGGUGGAUAUAUUGCUCGAUUAACUGGUAGCAAAACGGAUAUGCAUGAUCUGCUGUAUAGGUUGGAAGCUGAAAAUUGGAUCGAUAAGUACACCCGGGCGGUCUUCAUUGAGUUUUCAACUUACAAUGCACAGGCAAAUCUGUUUGCUAUGGUUGUUUUACUCAUGGAGAUCCUACCAACGGGCGGAGGUUAUCCAUUAUAUCGUAUAGAUUGCUUAAAUCUUCUCAAUUAUUACACAGGAUUUGCACUGUUUCAGGUAAUCUGUGAAGGAACUUUCUUUGCUUUUGUCUUGUAUUUUCUCUUCAAAGAGCUUAAUGCAAUAAGACAGCAGAAGAAAAAAUACUUCAAGGGAUUCUGGAACUGGAUUGAAUUGACAAUAGUGUCUUUCUCCAUAGCUGCAAUCGUAAUUUACUUCUAUCGUUUCAUUGUCACAAACCAAAUAAUCACCAAGUUUAACGAAUCCGGUGGUACUGCCUACAUUAAAUUACAAUACGUGGCUUACUGGAAUGAACUUCUGGGUUACAUGCUUGGAGUGGUAGUGUUCCUCGCCAACUUAAAGUUCCUCAAAUUGCUGCGCUUCAAUAAACGAAUGUCGUUGUUGUCAUCUACCCUCCGUGCAGCGUCCAAGGACAUCAUUUCAUACUUUUUCAUGUUUGCGAUUGUCUUCUUGGCCUUUGCUGAAGCGUUCUACUUGAUUUUCACAAGAACUGUCUUUGACUUUGCCGACUUCGUCUACACGUUGGAAACCCUUUUCGGCACCAUGUUGGGUAAGUUCAAAUGGAGAUCUAUGGUCGAAGCUAGCAGUGUGCUUGGGCCAGUUCUCUUCUUCUUCUUUGUCCUUACCAUAACCUUCAUCCUAAUCAACAUGUUCCUAACCAUCCUCAAUGAAAGCUUUGGCGAUGUAAUGCGUGAUCUAGCUAAGCAAUCAAAUGAAUUCGAAAUGGUGGAUUUCAUGUUGAACCGCUUUAAGCUGUGGACAGGUGUCGGUAUGCCAAAACCAAAGCCACAAUCGCCUUUAGUACCCAACAAUAAAGUGAACACUAAAUGCAAGUCGCUGGAAGAAACCAUCGAAUCGUUUCCUGACAAGGUAGACCAGCUGCUCGAAUCCGUCACAAAGAUGUAUUUUAACCCUAGCGACCCGUCGUUUGAUACAUAUGCCAAUACCUUCAACUAUCAACAAAUUUUAGUGAAGGAUUCCAAUAUUAAGCAAGACAAUAUAAAAUACAAAUACUAA